AUGCUUAGCAUGUCAAACUCUGCUAGAACGCUCUCCGUCAGCCUGAGAAUCGCCAUAGUACAGCUGAACCCGCAAAUUGGCCAGGUGAAGCAGAAUAUCGAGAGAGCGUGGGAGCUGGUGCACAAGCUGAAGGAUUCGAUCUCGAAAGAAAGAGCCCCGGAUCUGGUGUUGUUUCCGGAACUUGCCCUCACAGGUUACAAUUUCCUCUCCAGAGAGCAUAUCUUGCCGUACACCAGUGCCAAGAACGAUGGUCCGUCCAUAGAUUUGGCCAAAGAGGUCUCCAGACUAUUCAAAUGCUACACAGUGAUUGGGUACCCUGAGCGGGUCGACCAAGGCCCUGAGCCAAUUCUGUACAAUUCAGCCGCUGUAACAGACCCUACCGGCAAGCAGAUCUUUAACUACAGGAAGUCGUUUCUGUAUUACACAGACGACGACUGGGGCUGUCAGGAGAACCCUCUGGGCUUCCAAAGUUUCCCGCUGCACUUCAAGAAUAGGGCACGCAAUGUUUCAGAGGAUUCCAGUGAGCUGGAGGACGUCACGCUGAGGACAUCGAUCGGGAUAUGUAUGGAUCUCAGCCCGUACAAGUUCGAAGCUCCAUUUUACGAUUUCGAGUUUGCCACCUAUAAUGUCGACCAAAGAAACGAACUGAUCAUAUGUCCCAUGGCCUGGCUGCAUUCAGCCUCGGUUACUAAGAACUCCGGGCCAGCGACCGCAGCCAGUGUUAAGCUCGAGGCUAUCCAAAAAGCGAUCAAGAAAGAGGGCAUUCCGGCUUGCGGCUCUCAAGGAAACUACCAGCUCAGUUUUAACAAUUCAGAUGUGACCCCACGUAUCGCAAGAGAGUCGGUUUCUCCUGACGAUAACUAUGAGGAAUUGGACAAGCCCGACAUGUCAAACGUCAAUUACUGGAUCUUGCGAUUCAUGCCCUUCCUGGCGCUGAGGCAGAGGGCAAGCUGGCCGGCCAGGUCUUUGGAACCUUUGGUAGCUGGCAGCCGGAAACGAAGGUCAUAUAUGGGUGCUAGUCUCACUUCCCAGUGGGAAUUUCGUAACAGGAACGCCAUAGUUUUGAUGGGUAACAGGUGUGGGAUAGAGGACGCUAAUACCGUAUAUGCUGGCAGCUCAGGGAUUUACAAAUUUAAUGGCAAGUUUGCCGAUGCGGCAACUGACAUCGACUCCCUCAACGAAAGUGUAGAAUUACUCGGUAACCUAGGAAAAGGUCUCGAAGGCGUCCUGUUGCGUGAUGUGACAUUUGAAGUUACUAGGUAA